AUGUCGAGAAAGCCAAACGCCAAGGCUGUUGUGAGCUCUGAAGCCUCGGCCAAAACCCAUGAAGUGAUGUUCUUCAAAGAUGUCAAAUUUGGUCCACAAGAAGGCGAGCUAAGGUUUCGUCUGAUCCAUUUUUGGGAGGCUCGAAACGCAAUUAAGAAGGUGCUUAUCGGUAUAGAGAUGCUACUUAUUGAUGAACAGGGUACUGUGAUCCAAGGAUUCAUCCCAUCAGGAAGGAUUGACACCUAUUUGCCACACAUGAUCUCCAGUUCCAUUUACAGACUCACUAAUUUUUAUGGGUCUAUGAGCAAGACUGUGUACCGGGUUGCUGAACCAAUCGUGACCAUUACUUUCUCAUGGACCUCUGUCCUCUCUCUUUUUGAGGACAGUUCGGUUCGUUUUCCUGAGGACCGGUUCCGGUUCCAUGGGUAUGAAGAGUUUGAAGCAGGCUGUGACCUCGGAGGGGAUCUUUAUGAUUAUGUUGGUCACAUAAAACUGGUGGGUGAACAGGCUCUGACUGACGGUCUUGUGCUUGAUGAAGUCGAGAUAGCUUCCUCUCGGCGUAUUUUGAUUCAUGUCCAGACACAUGAUGGUCCUGUGAUGAAGCUCUACCUAUGGGACAAGGCUGCUACAGACUUCUGUAAGAAGUUUAAAGCGCAUGGAAACACUCCGAGUGUUAUUCUGGUGACUACUGUAAACCCGAAACGGUUUGGAGGCGCUCUAACUCUCUCCUCCCUAUCAUCCUCCAGUGUCUUUCUUGACUUGGACGUUCAGCCAACCAGAGAUUAUCUGACUUGGUUGGAUUCAAACUCAGAUGUUGCUAACAGGGUUAAUCCCGACAUUGUGACUAAGGCAGAGACGGUUACAAUAGGGGAGCUGUUCUCCUACAUCAAGCAUGAAGGAUCAAAGGUUGCUUGGUUUGAGUGCACAGCCACCAUUGAUGAUGUUGUGCAUGGUUGUGCAUGGUAUUAUAUUUCCUGCGGUGGGUGCAAGACGAAGGCGACAAAAGGGCCUACUACGCUUAUGUGUAAGAAAUGUGGGAAAGCUGAAGUUGCCGGUGUUGCAGACGUAGGAGAUGAUCACAUAGUCCCGGUGCCACAGGCUCUGAUUGAUACCAUUGGGCAAACUCGCAAGUUCGUUGUUAAGGUUUCAAAACACAAUUUGGAAGGUAAGACCCAAGCUUUGACUGUUACAAAGGUGCUCCCUCUUGAAGCUACAGCACCUGAUGGCAACUUAGAAGAGAAUGUGAUUGUUCCUGCGGUUGAAGAGACCUUACAGAUGGGUAAGCGUGUGGAUGGUCCUUCCAGUGAGCAUGAAGAUUCCGUAGAUGAAGCGGUGAAAAGGAGUUUUGAUAGGGAUGAGUCAGGAGAAGCUAAGCGUACCAAAUGUGGCUAA